AUGUGCUUCUGCCUUGGCCUUGUGGAGCUAACGGUGGCCUUGCGUCCCAACAUGGAUAGCAACAUCACGGACGAAGACGGAGGUCCUUGUAAGGAUCGUUUAAAGGCAGACCCAGGAGAGUUUCGCAUUGGUGGCUUGGAAUUCUACAGCUGCAUGCUGAACGGCAAGGGGCUGCCCUUGAACGAGUGUGGCCACUAUUUUGCCUAUUUGAAAGAAAUCGAUGGCUAUGCUGCAUGUCAGCCCUUCCAAGACACCAAGAACCAUGGACGGAUCGAGUUUUCGACCUGCGCUCUGAUGCGGAAGAACUACGUCCAGGGCUAUAAGCCACGACCUGCACCCAUUCCUUGUGGCGACAAAGACGACCCCAUCAAGACCAUGACGCAACGACUCAGGGAUCUUGCCCAACCCAAAUGCAAAAAGGUCUUGUGCAGAAUCGCCCAAGAGGGCUCCUGGAAGACCAUGGGCUCGGGGAAGGACAAGGAUUGGCCAAAGAAGGCCGGAGCCAUGGAUUCUGGAUAUAAGGUGACAGCAGAGAAGAAGUGCACAGUGAAGUAUGAAGGAAUGCAAUUGAUUGAUAUUGACAAACUCUUCGACAAUCUGGUCACCCAAGAUGCCAAAGGCAGGGCCCAACUGCGCUUGAGCAACGCUGUGCAGCGCAGACAUGACAGUGCUGGUCUUGCUCGUGGUCGCUACGACAGGCAGGGCCCAACUGCGCUUGAGCAGACAGGCAGGGCCCAACUGCGCUUGAGCAACGCUGUGCAGCGCAGACAUGACGACAGGCGCGUGUCUCACAGCCUGACAAUGAGUCAAGCAGUCUCUGACCUCGGGAGCCAGAGCUUUGACCCAAUGUGGGAAGAAGCGCGCGCAGAUGCCUGUGACUGUGUCGGCCCUGAUUGGUUUUUCCAGUCCCCCGUUUCCCUGCCGGCCAUCUGGUCAACAAAAUCUGAAUGGCCACGAGGUGCAAACGUGUACGUGGCCAUGCCAUGCCAUGCCCAACAGAACAAGCAAUCGCUCUCCUGUGACGACGCUCUGCAAGCCUGGCCCACUGGCGUGCUAGCAGAGCAGGAAAGGAAGGAAGCAGAACAGGAGGCGGUAGUCCUCAAGAAGUUCCUUGGCGUUGGGCUUGGGCCGGUGGCAUCAUGUCUUUCGCGUGGUUCUGAAGAACACGUGGAUGAAGCUUCAGCCUUUCAGCAUUCAGACUUCAUUUCGUGGAGCAUAGUCAUGGGGGCAGAGAAAGAGAUCAGCGAGUUGAACGACCGAGUAGGCCAACUGCAAACGCAGAAUGCCUAUCUUGCAAGCCGUCAAUCUGACGCGUAUUUGGUGAGCUGGGUGGUUGAACUAGGCCCCAGACUGCUUGGUGGCUUCAAACUGGCCUCUUUUGAGUUCCAAAUCUUCAGAAUUGAAUCCAAAAAAGAGUCUACAGAGCUAUUCUCGAGAAGAACAUGGGGUCUGGCAUUGCCAAAGCUGGCGGAGCAAGAAGGCCAAGUCCUGGAGGAUUGCGAAGAUUGCCUCAGGUUGCCUCAGUAUGCUUUGAGGGGAGAAGCCAGCACCUUGGACUGCCUGCCAGGUAUAGAUGGCCAAGAGGAGGAAAAAGCCUCCCUGAAGGCCAGGCUGCGGGAUGAAAUCGACUCCUUCGAAGAAAAGGCGAUCUCGGAUGAGUCGUUCAUGAAUUACGAGGAAUUCAGUGGAAGUCAAACCCUGCUCAAGGGACAGAUGAACCGACAGAAGGGAGCUACAGCUCUCAGCAAGCGGCUGCCACCGUUGUCCCAGACCUGGUAUAGCUCUCCAGCGCCCUACACAGAAGAUGUGAGGACGAAACGCAAGUUGCUGCCCAAACUUUUGGCAAAGGUGGUGGGUCCCCUGGCCUCCGACGCCACGCCGCGCACGCCCCGCGCCUGGCGCAGCAACGGCGACGACGCGACGGAGCGCCUGAGUCGGCCGAAGAGCUGCCCGGAUCUGAAACGUUCGACACAUGGCGCACAUGGCGGCCGUCGAGAUACCGGGAUUGCAGCCUGGCAUCGCAGCCGGGUGACCCAAAUAUUUGGAGGUGAAGCUGCCCCAAAGCAUCAGAUGCCCUUGGGAACUGUGCACUUCUCAGGAGAGGGCGGUGUCCGACGGAGGCUCGGGAAAUCUGUAGAGGCCCUUACUCUGGGCUUCGCCGUAGGAGUGGAGCCACCCGCUGCAACGUUACCGCCGAAGAGCGACGAAACGAAGCCGCGACGGGUGGUGUCCAUGGAACGCAUCAGGGCCUUGGCGGAGCCAAAGAGGAAGAAACCCUGGAAGGUCUCCAGCACCUCCAUCAGCACCGAUGCGGAGCCGGAUGAUGCGGUGCCGCAAGCGCCGGAAGCGGCCCCCGAAGCGGUGCCGGAAGCAGUGCCAGCGGCAGGUAAAACAUCAGUGCUUGCCCUGACUGUCUACCGUGACGAGAUUGAUGAUGAUGUUUGGCCUCAAAUUGUCAAGUCUCCUGUCAAGGUCGUCUUUGGUAUCCUGAAGUCUCAGGGCCUGGAUCUCAGGCCUACCACCUCACCUUGGGGUCGAUCAUGGCGUGCCGAUGCAGUGAAAACUUUGCCUGAAACUUCGACCAGUCUACAAUUUUUCAUCCGAACACCAGUUGCUCAAGUCAAGGAGUGCCUUAGGCUAUCCGGACUGAAAGGAGUGUACGCUGUGUUGAAAACAGAGGAGAGGCGGACUGACACCGCAUACGCCGUGGUCUGGCUUGAUCUGCCGCUGAGGGAGCUCAGGGUGUCUGCAGCUUCCUUGAAGACCAGCAUGGGUUUGGUCAGGAUCAACAAAACCUCCAAGAUCUCCCGAGGUAUCAGAUUUCAUGCUGAUGAUUUUGAUGAACCCUACAAGCAGUUGAAGCCCGCAGCAAUCCCAGCAACACACAUCAGUGUUAAAGCUGUGGCCAAGCUGUCACCUACCCCUGUGGGUGCAACCUUCGAAUCUGUCACCGGGCAAUCAACCUCGCUAGGUUCGCGCUCCAGCGUCUUCUACGUCUACUCGUGCCUGGACGUCUGCCUGCGACAUCGUGCUAAGGCCAAAGCCGCGCCAGCUUCGACCCUGGCGGCGCCGGGCACAUUGGAAACUCCGGGGGCAACAUCGCCAAGUGCAAGUGCUGUGAUCUCUCCUGUGAGUGCGAAGACGGAGAAGUCUGUGGCAUUUGACACCAGGUCUCCUAAAUCCGGAACAUCGGCGACACCCACCAGCCACGCCAAGACGGAGAGGUCGGGAAGGUCUGCAGCAAGUAAGGCAAAGACCGAACAGUCAGAGUAUGUCUCAAAUUUUGAGGAUGUAACCCCAACAAGUAAUGCCAAGACAGAGAAGUCUGAAGCAAAGACAGAACCGUCAGAGUACGAUUUUGAGGAGGCAACCCCAACAAGCCAUGCCAAGACUGAAAAGUCAGCGGCAGCAACAGAGAAGUCUGGGGCAAGUAGGGCAAAGACCGAACAGUCAGAGUAUGUCUCAAAUUUUGAGGAUGCAACCCCCACAAGUAAUGCCAAGACAGAGAAGUCUGGAGCGAAAACUGAACGGUCAGAGUACGAGUUUGAGGAGGCAACCCCAACAAGCCAUGCCAAGACUGAAAAGUCAGCGGCAGCAACAGAGAAGUCUGCGGCAAGUAGGGCAAAGACCGAACAGUCAGAGUAUGUCUCAAAUUUUGAGGAUGCAACCCCAACAAGUAAUGCCAAGACAGAGAAGUCUGGAGCAAAGACUGAACGGUCAGAGUACGAGUUUGACGAGGCAACGCCAACAAGCCAUGCCAAGACUGAAAAGUCAGCGGCAGCAACAGAGAAGUCUGCAGCAAGUAGGGCAAAGACCGAACAGUCAGAGUAUGUCUCAAAUUUUGAGGAUGCAACCCCAACAAGUAAUGCCAAGACAGAGAAGUCUGGAGCAAAGACUGAACGGUCAGAGUACGAUUUUGAGGAGGCAACGCCAACAAGCCAUGCCAAGACUGAAAAGUCAGCGGCAGCAACAGAGAAGUCUGCAGCAAGUAGGGCAAAGACCGAACAGUCAGAGCAUGUCUCAAAUUUUGAGGAUGCAACCCCAACAAGUAAUGCCAAGACAGAGAAGUCUGGAGCGAAGACUGAACGGUCAGAGUACGAGUUUGAGGAGGCAACGCCAACAAGCCAUGCCAAGACUGAAAAGUCAGCGGCAGCAACAGAGAAGUCUGCGGCAAGUAGGGCAAAGACCGAACAGUCAGAGCAUGUCUCAAAUUUUGAGGAUGCAACCCCAACAAGUAAUGCCAAGACAGAGAAUUCUGGAGCAAAGACUGAACCGUCAGAGUACGAGUUUGAGGAGGCAACGCCAACAAGCCAUGCCAAGACUGAAAAGUCAGCGGCAGCAACAGAGAAGUCUGCGGCAAGUAGGGCAAAGACCGAACAGUCAGAGUAUGUCUCAAAUUUUGAGGAUGCAACCCCAACAAGCAAUGCCAAGACAGAGAAAUCUGGAGCAAAGACAGAACGGUCAGAGUACGACUUUGAGGAGGCAACGCCAACAAGCCAUGUCAAGACUGAAAAGUCAGCGGCAGCAACAGAGAAGUCUGGAGUUGGGAGAGAUCCUUUGUUGAGGGUGCAAACAGAACAGUCCGAGUAUGGUUUUGAGGAAGCAACACCCACCAGCAAUGCCAAGACAGAGAAAUCGGGUGCUCCGAGGACUGAACAUUCAGAAUACGAUGAUUUCGAGGAAGAGACUCCAACCAGUCAUUCUGCAAGUGAUUUUGAAGCAUCGCCAACGAAUAAUGCCGGAAAAUGA